AUGUCUCAAUUCAAAAAUUAUAGGAAUGUCAGUAAAUCAGGAAAAUCACUAAAUUGUACUGUAGAAGAAAUGCACAAGUUUUGGGAAGUGAGUAUUGUUGCAGCACUUAUAGGUAUACCACGUCUAAGAAUGUGCUGGGAGAGGAAAAGUAGGUACCCACUAGUUGCAGACAAUGUUUCAAGAGACAGAUUUUACCUACUGAGGAACAAUAUAAAAUUAGUUUAUGUCAAUGCUGUUAGUGAACAGGAAAAAAAGGGAUAUUUAGAAAACCAUCGGUCAACGGAAAUAUCUAUCGAUGAGCAGAUGAUUCUGUUUCAUGGACAAGUGAAAAUGAAGCAGUAUGUAAAGGGAAAACCUAACCCAGAAGGUUUGAAGAAUUUUGUCAUGGCAAACCGAAAACAAAUUCAGUCUGAAAAAGUGCCCCCUCCAGAGAAGUUGGAUGUAGAAGGCAGAGUCGUGUUGAAACUUAGUGAUACAUUGACACUAAAGCCAACAAUUUAUGUUAAUAGAUAUUUUACUUCUGUUCCCCUCCUCACAAAGUUACUGAGAGACAGGAACAUUACUGCCAUUGGCACAAUAAUGCUGAGUCACAUCCCCAGAAGUAUACAGUUUGAGGAAGAUGCAACAAUGAGAAAAACAAGAGGCAGCCAUGAUCAGGUGGUAAGGAAUGACGGGAACCUAACAAUUAUCAAAUGGUUUGACAAUCGAGCGAUUUAUUUGGCUUCAACAGAAUCAGGUGUUGAGCCAAUUCUAAAAUGCACUCAAUGGUCUAAAAAAGAGAAAAAGUACAUUGAAGUUCCUCGCCCAUGUGUAGUAAAGGCAUACAAUACUUACAUGGGAGGUGUUGACCUGUUACAUAGGAUGGUGGGAAAGUAUGGCAUGAGAGCCUGA